CCACCCCCUCUCUGUCUUGAUCUUGCGCUCCUCCAGCAGACAGUAGAGCCGCCGCAGACACUGGAGGAUCAUGAUCUUCAUCCUCAUCCUCAUCCUCACAGCCUCUGUGAGAACACACACACACACCACAGCGCCGCAGGGCCGGGCCCCACAGACGGCCCCAGUGAGUGAGUCGGCUCCAGAGAAUGAGACGGCCCCGGUGAGUGUGUCGACCCCAGUGAGCGAGACGGCGGCGGAGAUGACCCCAGAGAGUGUUGGGGCCCCUGUGCUGCAGUCCCGCUUCCACCUGUACCACGCGGGCUCGCUGUUCGAGGAGACCUGCGCCCUGCGGCCCUACAGCAGAGAGAGCCUGAACACAUGCAGAUACAACAGCUCUGACCCACUCGUCAUCAUCAUACACGGCUGGACGGUCUGGACCCCGCCGGUCCACAUUUCGAGGGUCUGCCGGCGCUGGACAGGCUCUCACCAGACGACGCUCAGUUUGUGGACGCCAUACACACCUUCACCAAGUCUCCUCUGCUGCCGGGGGUGGGCAUCAAGCAGAGCGUGGCUCAUGUGGACUUCUACCCCAACGGCGGAACCUUCCAGCCCGGCUGCAAGAUCAGCGACAUCUACAGCAACGUCUACCAGUACGGCCUGCAAGGAGUGCCCAAGACCAUUAAAUGCUCUCACGAGCGCGCCGUCAGACUGUUCACUGAUUCGCUGCUGAACACCAGCCGGCCGUUGCUAGGCUUCCGUUGCCGUGACAACAGCGCCUUCAGCCGGGGUCAGUGUCUGGACUGCAGCCGGCGCCGCUGCAACACUCUGGGCUUCAGUGUGCGGCGCGAGCACUCCGGCGGGAAAGGGCUAUACCUGCGCACGGGGCCCGAGACGCCAUACACAGUGUUCCACUAUCAGGUCCGAGUGCUGCUGCGGGGUCCGCUGGAGCUGCUGGAGGCCCCGGUGUCUGUGAUGCUGAACGGGACUGGAGGACAGACGGGGGACGUGCCCUUAAUCCUCCAUCAGCACAGCAGUGGGCAGGUGUUGUCGUCUCUGCUGGCGGCGGGGGCUGAUCUGGGUCUCCUCUCCUCCGUCCGGCUGCUCUGGAAGGGGGAUCCGCUGUUGUCCGGCUGGCUGCGGCGCGUGCACAACAUCUGGAACAUCUGGAGCGGCACAGAGCCGGAGCCGGAGCUGCACAUCUGGAGGAUCAGCGUCAAAUCUGGAGAAACACAGCAGAAGUGGUGGUUCUGCGGCGUCUCCAGUAACGUGACGCGUCUGCAGGCCUCAGAUCAGCAGGAGUUCACCCUCUGUCGGCUCCUGCACAAGCGCAGCUCCACACACACUCGCAGGAGGACGGAGACGUGACGUCGCUCAACCCAGUGCUUUAUUAAUGCAUCUCAAUACUCCAGGAAAUGACAGCAUCUCUGCACAACACGCUUCCCAACGUUACGUAAAAAUGUCCAAGUGACCCGGACAGCAGUACUGUAUAAAACACAGCGCACGGCAGCACCGGCGGGGGACUCGGCUCGGGUCCGGCUAGUGUCCGCUAUGGAUGAAGACUGUUCAGUGCACUCUCCUCUACGCUCACCAACACUACGUACAAAUCAACAGAAAAACACAGGCAGACGCGGGCUCCGCCGCCGGCGCGCUCCUCUCACAGAUGGCAGUGCGGAGAGGAGGAGCGGCGCGGGCGGACGGACGGGCCCAGAGGAGGAUCAAAACAUCCCUCAAUAUGACAGAGAGUCUCCAGAACUGUACAUGUUUACAGAGGAGGAGCGUCCUGAGCGGGUCAGCACACUGUACACUGAGGACCACACAUCCUCCACCAGCACACAGUAAAACCAGCUCUGCGUCCUCCAGGAGAGUGUGUGUGUGUGUGUGUGUGUGUGUGUGUGUGUGUGUGAGUAUA